GAGAUUUCAAGUAUAAAAUGUCACCGGAUCCUCUGAACAAGCAUCAAUUUGUGUACGUGAUCUAUCGGAUAUUGGUUGAACGAGUGAACGAUGAAAGAGGAGAACGAGUUAUUGAGAAAGAGAAACGAACAAUUGCAAAAUUAUCAAAAUCAAGUAUCGGAGAUAUUGACCUGGAAACAUCCGUAUUUUUAUCUAUUAUCUCAAGCGUUCAGGCAAAUUCUUUUCGUGAUAUUUUAUCAUAUGAUCGCUACAUUUCUG